AUGUUGUCCCCCGCACUAGUUCUUUUCCUCACCUGUUACAUCCUCGCAACCGCCUUCUACAACAUCUUCCUCCACCCCCUCCGCACAAUUCCCGGUCCACCCCUCGCAAAAGUCUCUCAUCUAUGGAGUCGGAUUGGAAACCGCAAUGGUCGCAAAUCCGAGCGGAUUCACCAGGCCCAUCUUCGCUAUGGGCCGGUUUUGCGGAUCGGGCCGAAUGAAUUGUCAUUUGCGGAACCGGCUGCUGUGCGAGAUAUUUACUGCUCGGAUGCGGAUGUGGAGGCACAUCGACAACGACGAAAGCUGUUCGCUCGCGGAUUCUCACAGGCGGCAAUGCUGGACUUUGAGCCGAUUAUUUCUGCGAAAAUCGAUACCCUGUUGGAACAAUGGAAGACUAUGUCCGUCAAUGGUCCGGUUGAUGUCUAUCCGUGGGUACAUUGGCUCGGCUUUGACGUUGUGUACCAGCUCCUGUUUGACGAGGAUCCCGGACAAGUCACUUCUGGUCGUAGCCAUGAAGUAAUGGCAUAUCUUGAGGCUUGGAAGCCGACUUACAUAUACAAAGAACUCGUCCCCCACUUGGAUAAAUAUUGGGUGUAUGUCCCAGGAUACAUAGGAGGGUACUUCAGAAAAGUGCAAGCAUGGAAGAAAUAUUCAGUCAAUCUGAUCCAGAAGUCUCGCGAGAGGGGCACCAAAACCCCUUUCCUUCGAACCGUCCUAUAUGGAGAAAACGAUAAUUUCCUCGGACGACCUCUGACAAAUUCCGAGCUGGCGGAGGAGUGUAUGGCUGGCAUGUUCGCGGGAAGUGGAACCACUGCCAACUCAUUUAUCUUUCUCCUCUGGGCUUGUCUAAGGAAGCCAAAUGUUGUGGCAAAAUUGAAAUCUGAAUUGCGCGAAGCGUUCCCUGAUUCUUCUGUUGUCCCGGACUAUCGAACAUGUUCCGGCCUACCCUACCUCCAAGCUGUUAUCUCCGAGUCCCUCCGCCGAUACCCCGUCGCCAUUGCCAUACUCCCAAGGACGGCAAUCAAGGACACCUUCGUCGCGGGUAUUCCAGUUCAGAAGGGAACCACAGUUGGAACCCAAAACUACACCAUCCACUUCAACGAACAAGCGUUCCCCACCCCUGAAGAAUUCCGACCCGAGCGCUGGUUUGAUACGGAAAAUGAGGCUCUCCGCAAAGAAGCCUGGGCGCCUUUUUCUAUGGGCUCCAGGAAGUGUAUCGGUAUUAACCUGGCGCAGAUGGAGCUGACAAAGUUGGUUGCAACGUUCUUUCGUCGCUUUGAGGGGACUGUUGAUGACAGUAUCACUGAGGCAGAUAUGAGGAUGUAUGAUGCUUUCACGGCGGCGCCUGCGGCGCAGAAGCUGUUGGUUCAGUUGUGGGAGACGGCUGAGUAG